CCACCCCGGCUCGUAUAAAGCAAGCAGGACUGUCAGGGCCGUUUGCUGGCUGCUCUUUUUCUUCUUGUUGAUGGUCAGACUCUGCGAGAGAAGGAUGAAAUUCCUUGUAGCCGUCACGGUCAUCGUAGGAUCCGUGAUUUUCCUCGCUUUUCCAAAUGGUUCCUCCGCUGACGAGAAGAAGAAGGGCCCCAAAGUGACCGCAAAGGUCUUCUUUGACAUUAGAGUUGGAGAGGAAGAUGUUGGAAGAAUCGUCAUCGGGGUGUUCGGGAAAACUGUUCCCAAAACAGUCGACAACUUUGUUUCUUUGGCAACAGGAGAGAAAGGAUUCGGUUUCAAAGGAAGCAAAUUCCACAGAGUCAUCAAGGACUUCAUGAUCCAGGGUGGAGACUUUACCAGAGGAGAUGGCACCGGAGGAAAGAGUAUCUAUGGAGACCGUUUCCCCGAUGAGAACUUCAAGCUGAAGCACUACGGCCCCGGCUGGCUCAGCAUGGCCAACGCUGGCAAAGACACCAAUGGCUCUCAGUUCUUCAUCACCACAGUUCAGACUCAGUGGUUGGACGGCAAACACGUCGUCUUUGGAAAAAUUCUGGAGGGAAUGGAUGUGGUGAAGAAGAUCGAGGCCACAAAGACAGACGGCCGCGAUAAGCCUCUUAAAGACGUCACCAUCCACGACUGUGGCAAAAUCGAGGUGGAGAAGCCAUUCGCUGUGGCCAAGGAGUAGAGCACUGUCGGAAGGGGGGAGAACAACAGGGGGAAAAACAGGACUGGGGGGGUGGGGGGGUGUUGGGGAAUCGUGCAGGCCACUUUGUUUUUUAUCACUACCAGCCCUGUGGUCCUGGAGAAGGGCCUCUCGGUCAUUUGCUGUCCGUGGCUGCCGUCUUAAAAGCACCAGAAGAGCAGUAACAUCAAAAAGCAAUCAUGUCGACACUCUGGGUCCAUUUUUCCAACGAGCAUUCCAAGGUGCACUUAAUUGUUCGUUGUUGUUUUUUGUAAAAAAAGAAGAAAUCUCGGAAUAAAGGUUUCAAGUUUUGUUAAA